AUGAGCAAUCAAGUUUACAAUUUGAUCAUAAAUGAUUUCAAUUAUCUCUGCUAUACGCUUCUGUUUGGUUUUGCUAGUGUUAUUAGUAAUAACCACAUAUUUCAAUCUCACAGAAUUAUGAAGGAUACUAGAUUCUAUUUUGUUACUUGCAGACUACGAGCUAUUGCUAAAGAGAAUGUGGAUUGUGAUGGCGAAAUUGGUUUUCAUCUUGAAAGAAAUGAUCUCCAACACAAAUUGAUUUGGAGGAGGCUAUCCAGUAAAAAUCGUGGUAAUGAGCAUAGGAGAAAAUUUAAAGGAAGGUUUCCUGGUGCACCAGCAAGGUCAGCCAUAAGCUCUUAUGAGCUGCAGCGUGGCCUUCAGUCUCAAAGCGAUGGGCAUUGUCAGAGAGAUCCUUAUAGAGAAGCUACUAGAGCCUUAGCUUACAUGGGCUCAUUGGAAACUCCUCCUCCUACUGUGACUAGAGAUGAUUUAAGACGAAGAUCUCCUACAAGGUCCGCGUAUAAUUCUGGCUGUUUGUUGCCUCCAACUCAUAAAACAGAAUUACAAAAAGUAACAUCUAUAAGAUCAAUUGGGCCUCUAGGUAGUCAACAUACUUAUAGCCAUAUGUUUCCUGGACCACCUAGAUCAACUGUACCAGCACAGACGGUGACAUUAAUGGAUCCGGAAAGGACUAGACCUAUGGCUUUUAUUCCUUCACCAAGUGGGUUCCUGCCUAGAAGUUUGUCCAUGGUUGAGGCACCUGUUACUGUUGCAGGGUUGUUGAAUUCACUUGGUUUGGGGAAAUAUACUAUCCAUUUUCAGGCCGAGGAGGUAGAUAUGUCAGCGUUGAAGCUAAUGAGUGAAAAAGACCUGAAAGAUCUGGGAAUUCUGAUGGGUCCAAGGAAGAAAAUCCUACAGGCUCUCUCAGCUUUACUUAGGAGGCAAUUGCCCAGGCAACUUUAGUCGGCUGAAUUUGUAUGUACCUUUUGCGUUCAGAAACUACAAUUCAUAGUCUAUGUGAUGUUGCCUCUUGCUUUGAAUUUGAAGUAGAAAAGUUGGUGUUUAUCAUUCUAGAUUGUUAUUCCAAAAUUACUCUUUAGGAAGUGGUGAUUAAUGAAUGAGAAUCAAAGCUUCCUUCCCAUUGUUGCCUUUUUUUUUUUUUUUUGUUUUACAUUCAUGUUGUGUUGUUAGGCCUAUCUAGAUAUUCUGCCAUCACUUUUCUGUCAAGCAUCCCAAUAUAUAUAUAUAUAUAUAUUUUUUAUGCUCGCAACCUUGAAUUUAUCAGCCCUGCUUGUGUUGUGUCUUGUGUUACUUGUAAUUUGAAAAUCAAGUGCUUAUUGCUUCAACA